UAUAUCGCACAACUGAUCGGCUUUUUUGACGAUUUGUGUUUUUUGUGAUACCCGACUUAUUUUUGUCCGUACAACAACCCACAAGCAACCAUGGCGUCUGUCGAUCCAAAUGUACCAACGACUACCUUGCCGUAUACGUGCAACACUUGCCUCGUUGCUUUCCGUGGCAGCGAUGCUCAGCGGGAUCAUAUGCGCAAGGACUGGCAUCUCUACAACAUGAAACGUCGUAUCGCUUCUCUGCCCCCAGUGUCCCAGGAGGUUUUCAACGACAAAGUCCUUGCUGCCAAGGCCUCGACCAGUGCUGCCGCCGCCAAAGCGUCCUUUGAGAAGACCUGUGUCGCCUGUCAGAAGACAUUUUUCAGCGAGAAUUCAUACCAAAACCAUGUGAAGAGCUCGAAGCAUAGGGCCCGCGAGGCGCAGAUGCUCAGAGAGAGUGCGGAUGAUGCGUCAUCCGUCAUGAGUUCCACCUUCUCUCUGGGUGAGCCAGUGAACAAACCUCGCGAGCGGACAGAGGUGUCCAAGGUUACCGAAGGUCUGAAGAACGCUACCAUUAACGAAGCCGAUGAAGACGAGGAAAUGGAAGAGCAGGGAUUUUCCCCCUCUCGUUGCCUUUUCUGCAAUGAGAAAUUUUCCGACCUUCAACAGAACGCUGAGCACAUGCUCAAGAGUCACGGCAUGUUCAUACCAGAGAGGGAUUAUCUUGUCGACCUCGAAGGUCUCCUCCACUACCUGUAUCGGAAGAUCAACGAGAACAGUGAAUGCUUAUACUGCCACGCCGUCCGGAACAAUCCUGAGGGCACUCGUACUCACAUGCGCGACAAGGGCCACUGUAUGAUUGCAUUCGAAACUGAAGAUGAGCAAGUCGAAAUUGGACAGUACUAUGACUUCCGCAGCACUUACUCAGAUGGUGAGGAUGAGGAUGAGGAUGACUCAAUUGUGGAGGAUGGUGGUGUUAAGGUUGACGGUGAUGAUGAGGGAUGGGAAACCGAAACUGACGCAUCGUCUAUGGAUGAGGAUGAGGAUAUGGUGCUCAACGACCGAAAGGGAGAAGUUUACGCGACAGAGUUUGAAUUGCACCUGCCCUCCGGUCGCACCGCAGGUCACCGAUCACUCGCCAAAUACUUCCGCCAGAACUUGCGUAACUACCCUACGGCAGAAGAACGGGCGGCACGUCAAUUGGCUAUUGAGAAUGGUGAGAUCGAGGAGGAGAAGCUGCCUAGGGGCCGCAACCUCAACCGGGCUGUUGUCAGCCGCGGCAAUGGUGGUAUGGGCAUGAUUGGUGCCACAGACAGCCAGAAACGGUUCGCUGCUGAGGUCGAACGUAAAGACCGGACUCGUGCCCAGAGACAAGAGAAGCGGUACACAGCCCUGGUUAACCGGGCUGCCAACAACCAGAAACACUUCCGGGAUCCUCUCCUGCAGUAGACUCCAGUCCCUGGUUUGUUAGUGUGCAUGUGGAUAUUAUCUGGCAGGUUCACGGCGUUAAUGGCUGAAUGACAUGUAGAUACUCAUGGCAAGAUAAAAGCUGGACAUCAAUAUCAAGAACAAGACGCACUUACCCAAGGUACACCAGUACCCUCUACGCAAC